AUGCCUGGCCUGUCUAGAAAAUUGGUAGAACAUAGAUUACCGAUCAAGAAAGAUUUUCAGCCAUAUAAACAACCACCAAGAAGGAUGUCUUCGGAAGUAAUGCUCAAAAUUAAAGAAGAAAUUGAGAGACUUCUUAAGGCAGGAUUUAUUCGAACAGUUAGGUAUGUUGAAUGGUUGUCUAAUGUUGUUCCGGUAAUGAAGAAGAAUGGCAAACUUAGAGUUUGUGUGGAUUUUCGCAAUUUAAAUAAUGCCACUCCAAAAGAUGAAUAUCCAAUGCCUGUGGCCGAUCAACUUAUUGAUUCGGCCGCUAAGCAUGAAAUAUUGUCUUUUAUGGACGGCCAUUCAGGUUAUAAUCAAAUCUAUUUAGCCGAGGAAGAUGUUCAUAAAACGGCUUUUAGAUGUCCUGGGUCAAUUGGUACUUUUGAGUGGAUUGUGAUGCCAUUUGGCCUAAAAAAUGCUGGGGCUACUUAUCAAAGGGCAAUGAAUUCUAUCUUUCAUGAUAUGAUUGGCCGAUUCAUGGAAAUUUAUAUAGAUGAUGUGGUUGUGAAAUCAUCGGCCAAGAGACAGCAUUUGGAACACUUGAAAAGGGCCUUUGAAAGGAUGAGGAUUCACAAAUUGAAAAUGAACCCAUUGAAGUGUGCAUUUGGAGUUUCAGCCGGGAAUUUCUUGGGGUUCUUGGUACACAAACGAGGUAUUGAAGUUGAUCAGAACAAGGUCAAAGCUAUUAUAAAUGCUAGGGCCCCAGCCGACAAAAAACAAGUGCAAAGGUUCCUCGGCCAAGUAGGUUUUCUUAGAAGAUUCAUUUCUAACCAUGCUGGCCGAGUGCAUGUCUUUUCGACUUUAGUAAAAUUAAAGUCACAUGAGAAAUUUCAUUGGGACGAAUCCCAUCAGAAGGCCUUUGACAAAAUAAAAGAAUAUUUGGCAAACCCCCUGAUUGUAAUGCCUCCAAGAAAGAAGUGGCCGUUAAAGCUUUAUUUAUCGGCCGCAGAAGAAUCAAUUGGUAGUAUGCUCGCACAAGACAAUGAACAUGGAAAGGAGCAGGCUGUCUACAACCUGAGUAGAGUACUAACUGAUGUAGAAUGCAGAUAUUCCUCAAUUGAGAAGCUUUGUUUAUCCUUGUACUAUUCGGCCAUGAAGUUGAGAGUAUACAUGCGGCCUGUUGAUGUUUACAUUCUUUGUCAGACUAACGUGAUCAAGUAUAUGCUAUCAAGGCCAUUGAUCACUGGCCGAAUAGGUAAGUGGACUUUGGCUUUGAUGGAAUUUAAUUUUAUCUACGUCUCACAAAAAUCAGUAAAAGGAAGGGUUCUGGCUGAUUUUUUGGCCGAUCAUCCUUCAACUGAUAUUGAUCCAUGGGUUUAUGAUGAAUUGGAGUCAUCAGCUAUAUUCUUGACUCCUUGGAUCUUGAUGUUUGAUGGAUCAAGCACGGCUGAUGGAGCAGGAGCAGGUAUUGUUAUUAUUUCGCCAGCUGGCAGAAAGGCUUCGUUCUCUUUCUUUUUAGAUUUUAAAUGUUCAAAUAACCAGGCCGAAUAUGAAGCACUUAUAAUCGGCCUGGAAAUUUUAAUUGAAAUGGCUGUUAGAGAUGUAAAGAUUUUUGGAGAUUCAAACUUAGUCCUUAGCCAAAUUUCUGAAGAUUUUAAGUGCCUAAGUUGGCAAUUAAGGCCGUUCCAUUCUCUGGCCACUUCAUUAAUUAAUCAAUUUGAUAAUGUUCAACUUAAGUUCUGGCUGAGAGGGCAGAAUAAGGAGGCCAACAGCAUGGCUCAAGCAGCCUCUGGAAUAAGAGUACCAGCCGGAAUAGAAGAUCAGUUGAUAAAGAUAACACGAAGAUCUUUGCCAUCGGCCGAAUUGAGAAAUACUAUGUUUGAUACUUGGACAAUUGAUGUAGAAGAUUUGGCCGACGAUGACUGGAGGAUACCAUUUAUAAUGUUCCUUCAAAAUCCAAACAUCAAGGCUGAUAGAAGUAUUAAAAGAAAAGCGAUCAACUUUGUGCUUCUAGAUGGGGAUCUAUACAGAAAAGGGUUAGAAGAUGGGCUCUUAUUACAAUGCAUAAGCAAGGAGGAAUCACUUCAGGUUAUGGCCGAGGUACAUGAGGGCAGCUGUGGGGCUCACCAAGCUGGGAUUAAAAUGAGAUGGUUGAUUCGCAGGUAUGGAUAUUAUUGGCCGAGAAUGAGAAAAGAUUGCAUAGAUUACUCAAAAGGUUGUCAAGCUUGUCAAAGACACGGGCCGAUUCAAAAUGUACCAGCAAAAGAAUUACAGCCAAUAAUCAAACUUUGGCCAUUCAGAGGUUGGGGCCUUGACCUUAUUGGUAAAAUUAAUCCACCAUCAAGCGAAGGCCAUCACUGGGUGAUUGUUGCCACAGAUUAUUUUACUAAAUGGGUCGAGGCCAAGGCUUGCAAAGCGGUUGAUCAGCAAACAGUGAUUAAUUUCAUGGAACAAAACAUCAUCCACAGAUUUGGGAUUCCAGAAACACUUAUUUCAGACAAUGCAACAGUAUUUAGAGCAACUGAUGUACUACAAUUCGGCCACAACAUGAAUAUUCAUAUGUCAGCCUCUACGCCAUACUAUGCUCAAGCAAAUGGCCAGGCCGAAUCUUCAAACAAAAUUCUAAUUGAGAUCAUUGAAAAAAUGAUCAAAGAUAAGCCAAGAAGGUGGCAUGAGACUUUGUCUGAAGCUUUAUGGGCCUAUAGGAACUCAAAAAGAACAGGCACAGGAGUUACACCAUACAUGUUAACUUAUGGUCAUGAUGCUGUUCUGCCUAUGGAGAUGAAGGUUAAAUCAGCCAGAGUUGCUUUUCAAAAUAAUCUAACUCCAGCUGAUUAUACUCAAGCAAUGUUGGUAGAAUUGGAAGAUUUGGAUGAAUUCAGAAGGGAUGCCUUGGAUCAUAUCAUAGCUCAUAAGAAGAAAGUAAUGAGGAUCUACAACAAGAGGGUAAAACCUAAGUCUUUUGCUGAAGAAGAUUUGGUUUGGAAAGUUGUUUUGCCAGUGGGUAAAGUCGAUAGGAAAUAUGGGAAGUGGUCCCAAAAAUAG